UGUGUGUGUGUGUGUGUGUGUGCGUGUGCGUGCAGGGUUUUGAGUAGAUACUGGAGAGGUCUCAAGCCUUUGGUGCCACCCAGUGGUUUGAGAGUUCCCCUUCAAGAGCUCCUUGUGUUCAAUGAAGGAGAAAACUGGGCUCUCGAGCCAAGACAAAUCGGUCCGACUCCACGGUGUAUAAUUAAUUUUCACCACUUGUCUGAGAAUGGCUGAGGUCUUCGUUUCGGGGUCACGGCGUAAUCUCUUUACGGACGGGGAACUGCUUGGACGGGUGCCCUUUUGUCGCCCUGAGUAUUAUUACCAAUGUUGCGAGACUUUCUUUGGCAGGGAAAGUCAUUGCGGCCGACGCUCAGUGGGAACUUUCCGUUCCGCGCGAGCGCACAAAUUGGAUAACAGGUGGACGUCGAAGAGGCGACGCAUCAGGCUUUAUUGUUUUCUCGAUAGUUUCAACAGCCUGAACGUCCCACACUCAUGGUCGCUGGGAGAUGAGUCUUUUGCUGUGAUUGUUGAGGUCAAGGGCUCCAUCAUUUAAAUUGGUCACGCACGUUUCCGUGGGAGCAAUUCCUGCGUGAUGUGGCCGUCAGUGUCAGGUGGCUCGUCAUUGUUCGAAUGUCCUUCACCCAGUGCAUAGAUCAUACCAGACAAUCUAUGGAGGUCAACGUAUGAGUCAGACCGGGUUUAAAAGAAGGUCACAGGCUUUGUUCAUGGUUCUCUGGUACUAGAGAACGUUUUCGUUUGGAAAAGGUGUGAAUCCCCUCACCAGGAAUGCGUCUGCGAGGAUUUCAUUUCUGUAUUCCUCACCUCAUUAUUGGCCCUGAGAGCAACAUUUAGCAGUUGUUCUUUUGAUGAAUGCGGUUCACACCCAACGCUAUAUGUACCUGCGUUUCUAUCAAAUACAACAUUGUUAUAUGUUCAGUAUUGGUUUAAGAACACUGUGGAAAAAUAAACAUUAUCCUGUUAAGGUGGUACUAGAUGAAUGUGGAUGUGGCACCAUGUUGUUUGAGAGACGCUGGCGAUGACGUCACCCGCCCACAACUUGAAAGCCACAUGAAGCUUGCAUGGACACUGCCAUCUAGUGGUUGCUGCUGACACCUGCCAGGCCAGAGUACAGCAGAGGAGUUGUUAAUUUAAUUAGUUCUUCUUCCAUCCUAGCAUACAAAUGUUAUUGUGUGUCUGUGUACGUACAUUCAUUGUUAUCUUCACACUUCACACUAACUGGUUGUAAUUGUAAGCCCGGGUUCAGGCUUGAACAAAGAGAUGCUCUCAUGCACAAAAACCCAUGCACAAAAAAAAAUCUUUUCCUGCUGAUGCAUGAAUAACUGUCAUGCAUCAGCAGACAUCCAUGUACGCAAAUGUCCAAACGUGUGUGAAAUACAUGCAUACAACAAAUGUUAAAAGAUAGCCCUCUGAUUACCCUGUCAAACAAUCACUUCAUAACUAUAUUCGGACAUGUUCGGAUUUUGACAGUCCGUUCAGAUGUACUGUGUCAUUGGUUGAGGCUGCAUAAAGUCCAUUUUCCUUGGUUGGUGGGCUGUUGGCUAUUUAUUUUGGAGUCACAUUUGUCUCCUGCAGUUUGAAGUGAAAGCUUUGCCAGGGGAACAUUGAGUGCUUUAGAGCGUCACAUUCAUACCCAUCUAGCUUAGCCAUCUGCAGAGGGGCCACACUGCAGCUUUUAAAUCAUAGGCCGCUGAAAUGUAAACACAGAAAGAGGCUUUCACCAUUAAUCUGGCCGCCACAACUCGCCCGGAGAGAUCUCCCCUUCGUGGGAAUACAGUGAAGUGAUUGUGUGGGUCGUCUCCUAAAUGGUUGUUGUAGAAAUGAAUCAGGCCACACACACACCACUUUGAGUGACUGCUGUGAAGAUGAGUGCGUGAUGUAUAAUUGCAAUUCAUGAAUAUAAUAGUCACAUUAUAUGCAGUUACAUACACAUUAUGAUAGUUUGACCCUGGAAUCAUAGCAAUCAGACGAGACACAUUGCUGCAUUGCGUUUUUCUCAAGCUUGGCCAUUCAAUGUGGCACACCCAAUUGAAAGUAGCACUAUAACGAGGUCUACAUCAACACAGUAAGAUUUCAUUCACAUGAUUCACGGGGGCAUGUGAAUUGCACACGUUCGCAUCAUCGGACGAAGAGCGACGAUACAAAAGGCUCUGAUUCAGAAGGCUCUGAUUCAGAAGGCUCUGAUCCAUAAGGCUCUGAUUCAGAAGCUUAUCCGGAAGACACUGGUGUGUCACUUGACCCGUGUGCUGUUAAAAAAUUGAAACCUUCCAAGACUACAGAUCCUGUCAGUGUCACCAGUCAAUGAACGGCUUGCUAGUCACCAUCAGUGUUGGACCAUGGCACCAUGGUGAGAUUACACCAGGCUAUCCGUCCAUCUGAUGUGUACACUAGCUGCCCGGGGCCUCUUGAUUUCUCUGGAUGAGGGCUAAAGGAGCUUACACUUUAAUAUCCUGAUGGGAAAUGGGGUUUUCUCUAAGCCCCCUGUCUCGUGUACCCGGGCGUGGCCAGGCGAGGACUCUCCCAGGGUCCGCCGCCAAAUGAGAUCCCCAUGUGAUCUUAUUUGGUCACUCAUUUCCUCUUUUUGUUUUUUUGUGGUGUUGUUUUGUUGUGGUUGUCGUUGGCCCCUCCCACUCGCGCCGGUCAAAUCAAACAUCCUGAUACGCGUUUGGUCUCCUUGUCAUGUUGUCGUCGAACCACAGCAAUGCCCGCCCUUUUUUUUUUUUUUGUACUUCAUGUCGGAGUAAGCUACCCAGGGGAGGGGGUGGGGGAGGGAAAGGGGGGGGGGGGAGAUGCUCAACAGUGAACCAGUAAACACGCACAACCAUUAGCAGGCUAACCUCGGGACGCUUGGUCAUCUCACUGGUGACUGGAAGGACCGAACGUUGUCUAGCUCGCUUGUUACCGGAGGGCGGCGGUGGAGAUCUCACAUCCCAGUGCUUAGAAUCAUGAUCCCCGCCAAGAUGAUGGUGUACAGUCGCCCCGACGCGGGGAGCCGCCCCACCACGGCGGUGGUGAACCAGAGGCGGCGCAAGAAGUCCACGGGGGAGCUCUUCCAGAAGGGGUACCGGGUCAGGUCCGGACACGGGCAGGCCGCCGAGAAGGCAGAGCGGGACACGGUGUGCUAUAACCUGGGCUCGUGCUUCCACCUCGUCUAUUACUGGGGCUUGAGGUUCUUAAGGGCCUUAAGACUCAUACAGUUCUCAGAAAUUUUACAGUUUUUGAAUAUAUUGAAAACGAGUAACUCGAUAAAGUUGGUGAACCUGUGCUCAAUCUUCAUAAGCACAUGGCUUACAGCAGCCGGAUUCAUCCAUUUGGUGGAAAACUCCGGAGACCCAUGGGAGGACUUUCAGAACUCCCAGGCUCUCUCCUACUGGGAGUGUGUGUACCUGCUCAUGGUCACCAUGUCCACUGUGGGCUAUGGAGACGUUUAUGCAAAGACCACACUGGGUCGUCUUUUCAUGGUCUUCUUCAUCCUUGGUGGUUUGGCCAUGUUUGCGAGCUACGUCCCUGAAAUCAUAGAGUUAAUAGGCAACCGCAAGAAAUAUGGCGGUUCCUAUAGUGCGGUUAAUGGGAGAAAGCACAUAGUGGUCUGCGGUCACAUCACACUGGAGAGUGUGUCCAACUUUCUCAAAGACUUCCUACACAAGGACAGGGAUGAUGUCAAUGUAGAAAUUGUUUUUCUUCAUAAUAUUUCCCCUAAUCUUGAGCUGGAAGCCUUGUUUAAGCGCCACUUCACCCAAGUGGAGUUCUACCAAGGGUCUGUCCUCAACCCCCACGACCUGGCCAGAGUCAAGAUUGAGUCGGCGGACGCUUGUUUGAUUCUAGCCAAUAAAUACUGCGCAGACCCCGAUGCAGAGGAUGCCUCCAAUAUCAUGAGGGUGAUUUCUAUAAAGAACUACCAUCCCAAGAUCAGGAUCAUCACCCAGAUGUUGCAGUACCACAACAAGGCCCACCUGUUGAACAUUCCAAGUUGGAACUGGAAGGAAGGGGAUGACGCCAUCUGCCUGGCGGAGCUGAAGCUUGGCUUCAUCGCCCAAAGCUGCCUGGCCCAGGGCCUGUCCACCAUGCUGGCCAACCUGUUCUCCAUGAGGUCCUUCAUCAAGAUCGAGGAGGAUACUUGGCAGAAAUAUUACCUGGAGGGCGUUGCCAAUGAGAUGUAUACAGAGUAUCUAUCCAGUGCCUUUGUGGGCUUAUCCUUUCCAGUCAUCUGCGAACUGUGCUACGUCAAACUCAAGCUGUUACUCAUAGCUAUCGAGUACAAAUCUGAUCAGAGGGAAAGCAGCACGCUCAUAAACCCUGGUAACCAUGUCAAGAUGGAAGAAGGGACCCUGGGCUUCUUCAUUGCCAGCGAUGCCAAAGAAGUGAAGAGGGCGCUGUUUUACUGCAAAGCUUGCCACGAUGACAUCACAGAUCCCAAAAGGAUCAAGAAGUGUGGAUGCAAGAAAUCCAAGAGGUCGUCGACCUACCAGAGAAUGAAGCUGGCAUGUUGUUUUGAUUGCGGCAGCGUGGACCGCGACUGCUCUUGCAUGCCAGUCUAUGUGCAUUGUAACACGGACGCGCCUCAACGCGACAUUCCACUUUCCGUCGUCUCUGUUAGUGACUGCUCGACCACGUUGCGUGCCUCUAAGAAUAGCUAUAACGGAUAUAUCAAAUCAAUCGAAGAGGAACAGACGCUGUCGCCCAAAAAGAAGCAGCGCAACGGGGGUGUGAGGAGCUCGCCCAACUGCUCCCCGAAGAUCAUGAGGCACGACCCGUUGAUCAUCCCGGCAGGCGAUCAGAUCGAGAGCAUGGACAUGAACGUGAAGAAGUACGACUCCACCGGCAUGUUCCACUGGUGCCCGUCCAAAGAGAUCGAGAAGGUUCUCCUGACGCGGAGCGAGGCGGCCAUGACGGUGCUGAGCGGCCACGUGGUGGUGUGCAUCUUCGGGGACGCCAAGUCGGCGCUGGUGGGCCUACGGAACCUGGUGAUGCCGCUGCGGGCCAGCAACUUCCACUACCACGAGCUGAAGCACAUCGUGUUCGUGGGCUCCCUGGAGUACCUGAAGAGGGAGUGGGAGACCCUGCACAACUUCCCCAAGGUCUCCAUCCUAUCAGGCACGCCGCUGAGCCGCGCCGACCUCAGGGCGGUCAACAUCAACCUGUGCGACAUGUGCGUGAUCCUGUCGGCCAAUCAGAACAACAUCGACGACGCCUCGCUGCAGGACAAGGAGUGCAUCCUGGCGUCGCUCAACAUCAAGUCCAUGCAUUUUGACGACAGCAUCGGACUCCUGCAGGCUAACUCCCAAGGUUUCACACCGCCAGGGAUGGACAGAUCUUCAGCGGAGAACAGCCCCGUCCACGGAAUAGUCCGGCAGAUCUCCAUCUCGACCGGAGCCAACAUCCCCAUCAUAACGGAACUAGCGCCGUUAGCAAAACCGGGCAAAGUAGUGCCUGUGGUUGCAUUCAGUCAGGAUAAAAGCAGUGGGACCAACAUACAAAUGAUAACAGAGCUGGUGAACGACUCCAACGUUCAGUUCCUGGACCAGGACGAUGAUGAUGACCCAGACACGGAGCUGUACCUCACCCAGCCCUUCGCCUGCGGGACAGCCUUCGCUGUGAGCGUCCUGGACUCCCUGAUGAGUGCUACAUACUUCAACGAUAACAUCCUGACGCUGAUCCGCACGCUGGUGACGGGUGGAGCCACGCCGGAGCUGGAGGGCCUGCUGGCGGAGGAGAACGCACUGCGGGGGGGCUACAGCACGCCGCAGACCCUCGCCAACAGGGACAGGUGUCGGGUGGCACAGCUGGCCUUGUACGACGGACCCUUCGCCGACCUGGGGGAUGGAGGGUGCUAUGGUGAUCUUUUCUGUAAGGCACUGAAAACCUACAACAUGCUGUGCUUUGGCAUCUAUCGGCUACGAGAUGCUCAUCUAAACCCGCAAAACCAAUGUACCAAACGAUACGUGAUAACCAAUCCGCCGUACGCGUUCGAGCUGGUGCAGUCGGACCUGAUAUUCUGCCUGAUGCAGUUUGACCACAACGCGGGCCAGUCCCGGACCAGCCUGGCCCACUCCACCCACUCGUCCUCCCACACCUCCCACACCUCCAGCAAGAAGAGCUCCUCCCUCCACUCAGCCCAGCUGACCAACCGAACCAACCGCUCCAAACCCCGUGAGCCGCGGGACAAACAGAAAAAGGACGUGGUUUACAGAUGAGCCAGAGAAGACUCGCCCGAGGAACGUGCACGUGAAGCCCGGGCAUGAUCUGUCCGUCAACCAAUACAAAUCUACAAGCAGCCUAAUCCCGCCCAUCCGGGAAAUAGAAGAUGAUAGCUAAAACAUUCCAUCCCUUUAUUGCUUGGAUACCACCACGGAACCCCCCUCCCCCCCCCCCAUGUUAGGGGUGGAAAAAAACAGCAAAAACAAAACAUAAAUUAAAUAUUUUCUUGCAGACAAACAUCGAUCCGAUUGUUGCUAAUGUUGUCAAGUAGCACACACUAAAAACGAGCAACGUUUAAAAGGUCUAGCCCUUGUGGUUGUAAUACACGGUAAUAAGAGAACAUGACAAUAGGUGAAAUGAUCUAUUGAAGACAAUCACAUUGAAAAGUCACAACCAUGCGCUCCAUUUGAUAUUUCAGACCUGGCAUUGGAUGCUGCGGGCUAAUUCCGAAGUUUUUCCACUUUGAAAAAUGGUAGGGUCUCGGGAGAGUCCCAGCGCGAGGAAACCAAUAACUGUACACCAGAAGUGAUAGUUUACGUUAAUAGCUCGAGCUUUGCAAACAUAAAUGUUGCCUUUUUAGCUGUUAAUAAACAACUACUUAACAUAUUUUACUCAGUGUUGCAGAGCUAUUCUGUAAAGUUUGUUAAAAUGUGUAUUUCAUAUCUAACUGCAAGCCCACCAUGACGGUAUUGUUUGGCAACGGUAACUUGGAGCUGCUUCACAUUUGUAACUGUUGGGAUGGCCAAUAUCCACGACCAAAUAUAGGAACACGGCCUCUGGCCUUAUCUGUAUUCGUUUGUUUUGUUUUUCUUAAAGCUGCCUUUUCAUUUUCGUUUUCACAUCUUCUUUUUGGCUGAAAUGUCCAAAGCGUCAAGCGCUUGGGCUAUAUUGGCUAAUUCCUACAAAGCCUUUGGAUAUUUGCAAAGGUUUUCACUUCAAUUAUCAUCAAUACCUUUUCAAUGAACCAAAUAUGAUAGAGCUGUUUUAAAGGAGAUAAGAUUCAAAACAUGUUUGAUUUGCUUGUAGUGGAGUAAUUGACGGUGGUUAUGGAAAUCAAUCUAGACAUUAUGGACAACCAUGCAAAUUCAUGUAACAUAGUCUCACAUCGUUCAGUGAAUGUGAGUUAGUGAUACAAUAUCAAUAUCAAAGCCACGUAUCGCAUGAAGUGGGCAUUUACGAGUCCUCCUUUGGCUAUAAGCACUGCCUGACAUUGAAUAUAACGUUCACAUAUGCACUAACUGAAAUUCCACAAACGUCCUACUGAGAAAUUGAAAGGCUUUUUCUGUAGAUGCUCCAAAAACAGCUCAAUCAUAAGCCACAAUUUUGGCUAUUUCUCACGUUUGCCUCUUUUACUUCAUAUCAGUGGAAAUAAAAUGACAGUUGACAGUUUUGUUAAAGAGGCCAGUCACAAUUCAUCAUCGGGUGUCUUUUUUUUUUACCAAACAACUUGCAACGUGCUAUGAACUUGAUAUUUAUGUUAAGGCUUUCAAGCAUAUGAGAACAGAAUGUUUCGCCAAGAGCAAUUUUUAAUCAAAAUGCUUUGCCAAGGUACCAUCAUUAUUCAGGAAGCUUAGCCAAGAAUAGGCAUUAAUCAUGGCUUUCUUCCAUUCCAUUCUGUUGACACCACCGUCAAUUUACAGUCACUUAACCAGGCCCAGGAGCUAGGGCCCGAGAGGAAAGCAACACGCACCAAACCUCAAAAAAGACAUUCAUUCAGACGUUGGAUAGCUUAGCAUGAGUUGUCUUGAAGGAAGGAAGGAGUGAGGAAGAGAGGAAGGAUGGAACUAACGGACAUGACGGUCGGUGAGUUCCAGGCAGUGCCGAAGCCAAAGGAGGGCUCCUGGAGAGACCUACUGCUGCGAAAAGAGGCUUGUAGGUAAUAAAGCUUCACGUACAUAACAACACGACUGCUCUUUGCGAUCCGUCUCAAUGGAGGCUAGCCAAGGUCAACUUUCAAACUGCUCAUGAAAUUAUUUUCAUUUGUAAAAAAUAAAUAAAAAGUCCAGCUGAUUGGGAUUCCCUGAAGCUGGAUUCAAACAAGUCUUAACGCUACGUCAAACCUAUGUUCGUUCACAACGGAAGAGCUCACAAUGGCGAUUCUGGUCUGAUAAUAUGUGUAUCUGCUCUAAAGAAGUCUAUAUAAAGCUUUAUGUAAACAAAUUAUUUCAGUGUAUACUUGCUUGACAGAUAGCAUCUGUGGGAGCGAGGGGCAUUUCACAUUGCCGUCUAGUUUUGCAUUCUUUUUUAAUUUUUAGCACAUUGACUUGUGGACACAAAGAGCGUGCUAAGCAAAUAUUUCUGACUAUGUCAUACUACCCAAUAAUAAUGAUUCUAGUAUAUUGUCUUGUACAAAAUAGGUUUGUAAAUAACUUGUACAUGAUUUCAUUUUGUAUUUUCACAAAUUAAAAAAUGAUGUAUCGUG